AUGUUUCUAAAGCUGCAAGUCCUGCUCGUCUGCGUCGUCGUUGAAGCCUACGCCCUAGACCACCAGCAGCCAAACCAGGCUGGAUACGCGCAUCUAGGCUUCGCAGGUUAUGCGGCUGCACCGGCGCCCUACCGAAGAUACGACGCCUAUGCCUUUCCACCUCAGCCGUACAGCUUCGGCUACGACAAUGUGGAUGAGUACGGCAACCAGCAGUUCCGCAGCGAGCAAGGCGAUUCCAAUAACGCCAAGACCGGCUCCUACGGUUAUCGAGACGCGAACGGUCUCUACCGCCGCGUUAACUACGUGGCCGACGGGAACGGCUUCCGGGCCACCGUGGACACCAACGAGCCGGGCACCGCACCUGGUACCAGCGCCGACGCGGUCUUCAACGCUGCACCAGUCGUUCCUCCGGUCCCCUCAGGCGUUGCUGGAGCCUACGCUUACACCCCGUACGGAGGUCAGGGUUAUGUGGCCAGUGGUCCAGCACUUGGCGGCUACGCUUACGAAGGCAAUGCUCCCUACGGCUACGGUGCUGUCGGCUACGCAGCGGGUUACGCGUCGGGUGUCUAUGGUACCCCAGCUGCAUACGAAGUAGGGGGUCUCGACCUCAAUCUUGGCUUCAGGAAGCUUCUGAGCCCUACCAUCGACCAGGUGAACUAA